GCUCGACAAGAAGCAUGCCCGCGCGCCCGCGCGCAGCGGCGGCUGCGGACACCCUCCCUCGGGCCGGAGGCGGGCCUGAGCCAGAAGCUUACGGCGCGGCCCUUGCGCUGGAGGCCGCCGCCGCCGCGCCGCCCAGCUCGACGGGCCCCGGCCAGCAGGCGGGCCCCCGCGGCAGCGUGCGGCCCGACUCCAGGAGGGGUGCCCUGCCUGGCGGGCAGGGCGAGGCCGGCAGCGACGAGGGGGCGCGCGAGAGCUCGUCCAGCCGCCGUGCCGUCGCGCUCUCCAUGGCCGCCCUGGCUCUGCUCGCGCUCGGCGGCCCCGUGGCGAACCAUUUGGCCUUGACGCGUCCGUGCUGGAGGAGCACCUCGCACACCGGCCGCCAGGACUGGGCAGAGUUCUGGCCGCUGUACGUGGUCUCCGCGCCCGCGAGCCUGGCCUUUGCGGCCUGGUGCGUCGCGGUGCACAGGCGCUACCGCGCCGUGCCGCUGCACGCGUGGACGCGGCGCGUGCGCGGCGGCCCUGCUCGCCUGGCCGGCCCUGGACCUCGGGUGCCACGGCGCGGCGGGCGUGGCGUGGCAGUGGGCCACGUACUGGAUCUUCAUUGUGGCCUCGUUGGUGAUCUACCUCAUCCCAUCCAUGCCACCUGA